CAUGGAAAUCAAUAAUUGUGUAAAAAAAAAAAUACUAUAGCCCGGUUAUGUUUAAUAUACUAACGCUGUGGUCCGCCUAUUUACAUUUUAUACAAAUAGUUUUGAAUAUGUGUCUGUCAGGCAGGACCAUUUGCAUCUGUGGUGAAGAAAGUGUGACGACUGUUGUUUCUCAGGAAAGACGUCCAUCCUGCUGGACUUCAUGAACGUACCUGGAUGAUAUGAGUAUGACCCCCUGGCUGCUGAGAUCGUUCACCCAAAACCACAAAUAGCAACCCCGUGAUUGUGCAAGAGCAACUCUGAGAGCUGCCGGCUCUUUACACUGACUGCAUGAACAUUUUUUAACCAGUCCUCAAUUAUCUUAAGGGUUUAAUUUGUGUAUUCAUAGAUGACAGCAUUUGUUAGUUUCAUAACAAAGAGGCCUUGUGCUCCAACCGAUUUUUGAGAGUCAAAUUAUUCCCUUAUCUCUGUGUGUGUCUAAACAGCUCGUCAUUAUUCUGGAGUGACUCUGGUGUGUCAGUGUGGCCACAGACGGAUCCCGGCAGCAGUGAUGGUUCUCUCUACUCGCAAAUAGAGGAAAACAGGAACAUUAACAUGAUGUGGGCCUUUAUAUUUCUGUAUAUCCUGGGGAUAAACAUUUAUCAGGCAACCGGAGAAGUCCCGUCAGUGCAAAUGUACUACGUCAAACUGACGGUGGACAAAAGUGCAAUUGCGAACGUAAGUCGCAUACUGGCGUCUUUUGCGGGGAACUCUAUCCUGCGAGUCGAAGACCUUCAAAUGUCAACAAUUUGCGAGCGCGUCUCGGCUCACAAGGAGUGUAGCUGCGAACCGGGCUACAGAUGGAGGGAUGACAUUUGUGAGUCUGACAACAAAUGCACCUUCACCAAUAGCGCUUCUCCUCACAGAUGUAUUUCAAACAACACAGUUACCAUUAGCGGAUCUGUUACCAUAAAGGGUACACGCUAUCAAAACUGUCUCGCAUUCAAGGAAACGCAGCAAUAUCGCGACUGUAACAGCAACUUGUUAACGGAGAUGAAAAAGGUGUACAGCACUUUACAGGGAUUUGAGGCCUUAAAAAUCACCAAAUAUAGUGUUGGAAGCAUCAUUGUAGAUUUUGAAAUGACUGUUGUUACCACCUUGGACACUCAAGACCUGGUGAAUAGGUCAUACAUCCUGAUUAAGUCUCUAUCCGCCAGCUUUAAUCUGGAAACGACAGGUCUUGUCCGUUUAAUUAUGCCAGAAAACCCUGUGAAGUACAAUGACGCGCACACGCUCGUGUGCAUGCUAAACGAGAAUGUGGACAUCGUACCAAAUUGGCAGCUCCAAGUAUCCAGCAAGCAAGUCUCUAAAAUCACAGAUGGCACCGUGUCGCACAUUAAGAAUACGGCGGGAAACAGCACACUCCAUCUGAAUAAGAUAACAGAAGUCUGGGCAGGAACUUACACAUGCACCUUCAUUCUGAACACAAAUUCCUGCGUCAUCACCCACAGAGCCAGUGCUCUUCUGGAUGUCGCUCUCCUGCCGGACAUCGACAUCACGACAGACCCACAAUUUCCUCGCUGUCGCAACACCGACGAUUUGCUGACUGUAACAGGCACCUGUGAAAUAGGGACAAGUACUGAAAACUAUACUGUGACAUGGUCGAGUGCAGACAGAUCAUCUACAAUUUUUUCAGAGACUCCACUUCAUGUUUCAGGGGGAAACCUUGUGAGCACAGCUAUGGCAGCGGUGGGCUGCAACAUGACCGCGCACAAACCACAGCUGACGUGCACGUUCGUAAACCGGCUCCAUCAAAGAAGAAAUGCCUCAGUCGAUAUUAAUAUCAUACACGUUGGUGAAGAUUUCUGUAAAGCGGAGGACGACUGGGGUGAAGCCAAACCUGACCACACUUUUGUGUUAAAGUGCUUUAACUCAGCUGGGAAAAGACACAGGAAAUGCAAUGGUACUAUACCUGUCGAAUGGGAAGAGGAGGAAUCCAGAUGCGUAAACCAGGAAGUGAAUGCAAUAUGGCAAAAAGCAAGUAUGGUCGACAUUGGCAUCGGAGAGUUGGAUGAAAAUGCUGGAGAAGUAUUUUCCAACCUUAACGGAGUCACUAACAACACAGAGACUAUAAACUCGCAUGCCAACAUGGAUGCAUCGGUUGGCAUCCUCUUGAUCAUGAGUGAGAAGCUAAAUCACAUCAGUAAUGAUGCAACAGUGAAUGACUUUCUGCACUCAUGCAGCAAUCUGAUGAAUAAAUCUCUUCAAGGUGCUUGGAAAGGAAGAAGAGAUGACAAUUUGACCCUGGCAGAGACAUAUCUGAGUUCUGUGGAGCGAUUGAUUGAAGUGUCAAAUAUAGCACGUUUAACCAAAAAGACAAAUAUAGAAGUGGACCAAUGUGACAAAGUGCAGGGGUCCGAAUGUACCAACAAAGUGUUCAAUGUCACAGUCAAAUUUCACAGUUCAUACAAUGACACCGUGAAAACAACUGGAUUUCAACAGCUGGUGACCUAUUUGCCCAACAAGGAUGACAAAUACCGUCCAAACAGCAUCGUUGUGUCGACAACCUCUAAAAAACAUUCUGGCUCAGUUCAGGUUGAAAUAAACUUCCAGUUGCAUCGUCCAAGAGCUAAGAAUGUGGAGAUGCAGUGUGUCUCAUGGGACAACACCACCAGACAGUGGUCAACAUAUGGAUGUGAGUGGAAGCGUACUGAGGGACACUGUGUCUGCAGCCAUUUGUCCUCGUUUGCCAUUCUCAUGGCUCGGGAACCAAUAGAGAUUCCUUGGAUGACGGAGAUCACCUACGUUGGACUGUCUGUAUCAGUUGUGUCCCUAGUUAUUAGUCUUGUAAUCGAACUGACUAUCUGGAGUAUGGUAGUUAAAACGAAUACGCUGUAUCUACGUCACACUGCUCACAUGAACAUUUCCCUGUGCUUGCUCAUUGCGCAUUGCUGUUUCUUUGCAUCGUCGAAGCCACUGAAGAUUUCAGAUACCUGGUGCAAGACGUUCGUGGUGUUGAAGCAUUUCUGUUACCUCGCCACCUUCUUUUGGAUGCUGUGUCUGAGCAGCACGCUCCUUCAUCAGACGAUUUUCCUGUUCCACGAAGUGUCCAAGAAGACCUAUCUGAGGUUCUCAUUUACCCUGGGCUACAUCUGUCCCUUUCUCAUUGUCACCAUCACGUUCCUUUGCAAUGGCGGCGCUGAAGGCAAAUACUUCUCCAGAGAUACCUGUUGGCUGGUCUACGCUGGAGGUUUUCAAGGAUCCAUUCAUACAUUUCUUAUACCAAUUGGUACAAUUAUCAUUUUCAACGUGUUUUCCAUGCUAGUGGUAAUCAUGAAGCUUGUGAAUCAUCCGAUGACAUCCCAUCAUUCAGCAGCUGCCAAGACUAUCAUGAGGACAGUUGUCCUUCUGACCCCGAUCUUUGGUGUCACAUGGCUGAUUGGAUUUGGUGUAACAAUUGUUGACCUCACACAGGGACAACUGGCCCUUGUGGUCAAUUAUCUCUUUGUCCUGAUGAAUUCCUUCCAGGGUUUAUUCAUCUUGUUAACCACGUGCCUGGGAGACAAACUGACCCGCGAUGCACUGCUGAAGCGCCUCAGGUUACGGACUUCAGCGUCCACCGCUGAGAGCACCACUAAGUCUGACCCAUCAGUUAAGAAGUGAACAUCAAAUGCGUGUCAUCGCAACAAACUCCAGUCUCGACGUACAAUCACUGAUAACGUCAUAAUGUACGUUUUAUCUCUGGGGUAAAUUCUUUGACACAAAUGUGAAUCCACUGCACCAUAUUUUGAUUUUUACUUUUAUUUAAGAAAACUUCCAUACCUUAAUCUUAGUUCUUUGCUAUACAUUACAUAG